AUGAUAGCUCAUGCUCGCUGCCAACGUCCAAUAUCUUUCUUGUGGGGGAAUUGGGCACAAGUUCAAGCAGUGCAGUGCCCCAAUGGAUUGAUUCAAACUCUAGAUCAGAAGAUAUUCCGGAUAUUCAAGAGCCCACCUCUAUUCCAACAGUAUCCACACAAGCAAAGUGGGAAAGGGAAUAGGCGAGAACGGAAAGUUAAUUACGCGCUUGUAAACGACCAUGAAAUAUGGAAAAAAUAUCUUGAAACAAGGUUUCAAAAGGCUAAACGCAUUCCCGGAACACAAAGGGCAUCCGAUUAUAAAACUCUUGCUAUAAAAUUUCCUAAUUACAACAUUAGAGGGAAAAAUGGUCAAUCUGGAGCUAUAAAGCUCCUGCAACCUGAAACUGAUUAUGAUAUAAGGAGUGAAUCAGCAGAUGAGGAAAAUAUGGAUGUAAAUGUAUAUAAAUAUGAUAUUGAUGAUAUAAAAAAUACUUUUUUAUCAACUAUUAUAUCCUAUCCGAUUUGUAGUGUACGGUGUGCAGCUCACACACUUCAGCUGACACUUCAAGAUGCUAUAAAAUUAUCACCUAUUGUGGAAACCAUUGCAAAAGCUAGGAGCCUAAAUUUAAAAUUAAGACAUCCCACUUACCAAAAGUUAUUAAAAAAUAUGAAACUCCCUAAGCCUGUAUUAGAUUGCCACAGAUGGCAUUCAACCCAUGAUAUGUUAGAAAGUCUGAUUUUACUAAAACCCAAUAUCGAAGAUUUUUUUUCAGAGCAAUCUGAUUAUUUAUUGACUGAAGAUUGGAAAGAGAUAAUAACGAUUGUUGAAAUUUUAAAACCGCUAAAAAUCGCAACCAAACAAUUCCAAUCUGAACAGUUAACACUGACAGAUUUUUAUGCAGCAUGGUUAAGAUGCUGCAUCGAACUGGAAAAAAAUCCAAACCAUUUUGCUCAAUUACUAUAUUCUUGUCUUAAGAACAGAGAAGAAAGGUUUAUAAAGAACGAAAUUCUCUUAGCUGCCAUAUACCUGGACCCAAGAUACAAGGUAUUACUUAGUGAUGAUGAUAAGAUUUGUGCGAAAAGGCAUCUUGUCAAUUUAUGGAGACGAAUUAAAAGCUUAACAACGCCGAUUUUAUCUGAUGAUAUUAGUUCCGAUGAAGUUAUUGAACAAGAAGAUGAUUUAGAGAAAUUGAUACAACUUAAAGAAAGGCAGGAGAAAAUACUUAAAAGAGGGCCAACGAUUGCUGAGAAAAGUAUUGGAACAAUAAUUACUGGAUUUAGCGAUUAUAAAAGAUUAGAUAAGAAGGAAAAUAUUUUGCAUUUUUGGGAGUCUGCUAAGCUGGAACACCCUGAAUUAUAUAUUUUAUCUAAAAUCUUAUUUGCUGUUCCUGCAACCCAAGUUAGCGUUGAAAGAUCUUUUUCACAUUUGAAAUUCAUUCUUUCACCACAUAGAUCGAGGAUGAGUGAACAACUCUUGGAAGAUAUUAUGCUAAUACGUCUAAAUAAAAUUUUUAAAAUUGAUACAUGACUAUAUGCUUUGUAUUUUUAACUAUAUUUGCCUAUAAAUAAAAUAAAAAAUUUAUUUUUUAUAUCAAAUUUAUGUCUAGUUUUUUAUUAUGAUUUAAAUAUAGAAUUUUUUUUAUCAACUCAAAAAUUCUUGAACCCGAACCGAACCCGAACCAAACCCGGGUUCAAAAAUAUUUCCCUGA